AUGGAGUCGAGCAAUAGCAAGGAAGCUGGAGUAGGUCUAAAAUCAGCCAACGAAGUAGUAGAUGGUACUUCUAAUGCUCAAGAAAAUAGCUUGAGUUCAAAAGUGAAAGAUUCGGGUAGUGUUAGCAAUAAAGAAAUGUAUUUUAGAGCAGAUAAGAUUGAUUUCAAGAGCUGGGAUAUUCAGCUAGAGAAGCACUUAAGUAAAGCUUGGUCAAGGAAUGAGGAAGUGCAGACAAAACGAGAAGAGUGGGAGAUUGAUUUGAGUAAACUUGAUAUGAGGCAUGUUAUAGCACAAGGGACUUAUGGGAUUGUGUACAGAGGCAAUUAUGAUGGCCAAGAUGUUGCUGUGAAGAUAUUGAAUUGGGGGGAGGAUGGCAUUGCCACUGCUGCUGAAAUUGCUACUAUUCGGGCAUCAUUCCGGCAAGAGGUUGCUGUUUGGCAUAAACUUGACCAUCCAAAUGUUACAAAGUUUGUUGGAGCUUCAAUGGGAACUUCCAAUCUUAAAAUUCCUUCCCAAAACCCAAUGAAUGGAAGUUAUGACUCUCAUCCUUCCAGGGCAUGCUGUGUUGUUCUUGAGUACCUUCCAGGUGGGACGUUAAAGAAAUUUUUAAUCAGAAAUAGAAGAAAGAAACUUGCCUUUAAGAUUGUGAUUCAGCUUGCUUUGGACCUUUCAAGGGGUUUGAGCUACCUUCAUUCUAAAAAGAUUGUACAUCGUGAUGUUAAGACAGAAAAUAUGUUGUUAGAUGCUCAUAGAACUCUUAAAAUAGCUGAUUUUGGUGUUGCCCGAGUUGAGGCUCAGAACCCAAGGGACAUGACAGGAGAAACUGGCACUCUAGGGUACAUGGCACCAGAGGUCCUUGAUGGUAAGCCUUAUAAUAGGAAAUGUGAUGUGUAUAGCUUCGGUAUAUGCUUGUGGGAGAUUUAUUGCUGUGACAUGCCCUAUCCAGAUCUCAGUUUUGCUGAAGUUUCAUCUCAAGUAGUUCGACAGAAUUUGCGGCCUGAAAUCCCUAGAUGUUGCCCAAAUUCAGUGGCAAGCAUAAUGAGAAAAUGCUGGGAUGCAAACCCAGACAAACGCCCUGAGAUGGAUGAGGUAGUGAGGCUGCUAGAAGCAAUAGAUACAAGCAAAGGAGGUGGCAUGAUUCCUGAAGGGCAAUCUACUGGCUGUUUCUGUUUCACUCCUGUUCGCGGUCCAUGACUCCUCACUUUAAAUUCUUCGUAUAUACUUGCAGAGUACUGUAGCAGAUUUUAGCAGUUCAUUGCUGGAAAACAGCAGGUCUUUGGAUGACUAGAUCACCAGUUUCUGUAGCAGAUGAGCAUAUAAAUUGGGAAGGUAACAGGGAUUCCAGGUUGUAGUUAAGUUCUUGCAAGAUUAAGAAUAUGGAAGGUUAAGAUUUGAUUCUUGUAAUUAAUAUUGCUGCACAAAAUUCUUGAAAAAUGGAAAAUUGGACUUGCAUAUCUAUUAUUGUAAAACAUUCGUAAUAGAGAUGAAAUUUACGAUAGGCCUAUAUUCUGUAGAAGAGCUCACUGAAGCUAUGGUGAUCAUAAUUUAUAAGAAUUUCAAGAAAUGUAUGGCAUUAGCCAUCAACAGAAGUGGUGUCACAUAUACUCCUGUGCUGCACUUCAAGAGGAUAUGCUUUUUGUGGAAAAUUGCAGUUUUACAGAGUGAAAUUCCUGUCGGCAACAAAGAUAGGAUUAGGCUUAAGCAAGCCAAUCCACUGAGAACUGCGCCUAAUGAUAAUCAUUAGCCCUAAUUGUUAUUUUAAUUAGACGUGGCUCUAAAUUUAUGUCUGUCUUCAAUUUA